UACCAAAGUAUAUAUACAUAUAGAUACAAAUGAAAGGGUGUAUCAAGUCAGGAGAAGAUCCAUGGGUGGUUCGACGGAUCACUAAAGAUGGUAAUGUGGUCACUAGACACCGGUUUCCAUCUAAUCGAGUACGGCUAAAGAGACUCGAGAGAGACAGAAACCGGCGUCUUGUGGCUAGGAAAAUAUUUUCCGGGCUAAGGACUUAUGGAAACUACAAUCUACCUAAGAAUGCUCCUACCGUUGAUUUGUUGAAAGCACUUUGUAAUGAAGCUGGUUGGCAUGUUGAAGAGGAUGGAACCAUUUAUAAAAAGAUGCUGAAGGAAGAUGUUGGUUAUAGGCUUUAUAGCAAAUGUGACGAGAAGAACAACACGCUUGAAUCGAUAACGAAGAUGGCUGAUGAUCAAGAAGACGAUAAAAUUGACUUGAACCUUUCACUCACUUUGGGUACUGGAUACUAAAUUUAAAGAAGCUUACUAAUGCCAGAUUGCCAGGAACUUUUUGCUAAAGAGUAUGAUAUUAUGAUAGAAGUGUAUUAUAUAACUUCAUUGUUCAUAUAGUCCAAAUGAGAGUUUAAUUAGUAUUAGGGCUAGUUCAUGGUACGUUAAUUUUUGUGGGUGGUUCAAACUUUGAAUAGAUUGAUAUAUGCUGACUUUUUGUUGUG